AAAACUCACCUUUCCUACCAACGUCCUCACAUCAUUCUAUUGAAUUCACCAUGACGAUUAAAGUCGCAUCAAUUUGGACAGCCAGGCGACUGGCCUGGUGAAUGACAUCCUGGCUCAAAUGGAAAUUCAGGAGAUGUAGUAUCGCAACGGGAUACCUAGGGAGUUUGAUGGCUUCCGUUGGCGACAUUCUUACACAGGAAGAACAUCUUUGGCCCAUCGACUGAUUUUGUAGUCCAGCCAAUCAAAAUCAUCCAAUGUUUUGUUUUCCUUAAAGCCUUUGAGUUUGUUCUCGGCGACCCUCGUUACGCUUAUUCCUUCUACAGUCAAAAUUACGAACAGUACUUCUGGUCACCUCUUCGCUUGAUUGGCUAUGGCAUCAUUUAUCCGCCAAUUCACCUCUUCCGCGGUACUGCCUAUAGCAUCUUCCACCUCCAACUCAUUCGUUGAUAUUCCCAUCCCAUCAUUCAUUAUUUCUAAUUCAAAGUCUGCAACCUGGUUGUAUACAACCGUUGCCAUCGUCGGUGCUCUCCUCUUGCUUGAACAGUCGGUUUACAGAUCCAAGAAGAAGCACUUACCUGGCGACUCAUGGACAAUCCCAAUUAUUGGAAAGUUUGCAGACUCCAUGAAACCAACCAUGGAGGGCUACAUGAAACAGUGGAACUCUGGCGCCUUGAGUGCUAUAAGCGUGUUUAACAUUUUCAUUGUCAUGGCUUCAUCUAAUGAGUAUUCGCGGAAAAUCCUGAAUUCUCCAGCUCACGCUGAGCCUUGCCUGGUGCACUCAGCAAAGCAAAUUCUCAUGCCUGACAAUUGGGUAUUCCUAAAUGGGAAAUCUCAUGUCGAGUACCGCAAAGUCCUGAACACUUUGUUUACCCGUAAAGCUCUUAGUAUCUACAUUGGUAUUCAGGAUGCGAUUGCUCGCAAACACUUCAGUCAAUGGCUUGCUGAUGCGCAGAAAGAUCCUUCACCACAGUCUAUUAUGAUGACCGCGCGUCACCUCAAUAUGAUCACUUCCCUUCGUGUUUUCUGCGGCAAUCACAUUCCCGAGCAUGGCGCUAUUGAGAUAAGCGAGAAGUACUGGGACAUCACGCAAGCCCUCGAACUCGUCAACUUCCCUUUGGCCGUCCCUGGUACAAAAGUAUACAGAGCCAUACAAGCCCGCAAGGUCGCCAUCAAGUGGUUGGAACUUGCCGCAUCCAAGGCCAAAACCUCCGUCGCCGAUGGCUGCGAGCCUGAAUGCAUGUUGGACGAAUGGGUCAAAGAAUUGGAGGCCCCAGGAUACAAGGGCCGUAAGGAUUUCAGCGACCGCGAGAUGGCUAUGGUUGUGUUCUCAUUCUUGUUUGCGUCGCAGGAUGCUAUGAGUAGUGGGUUGAUUUACGGGUUCCAGCACUUGGCAGACAAUCCCGACAUUUUGGCCAAAAUCAGGGAAGAACAGUACCGUGUUCGUGCCGGAGAUGUCGACAAACCAUUCACCCUUGAAAUGCUCGAGCAAAUGCCAUACCUGAAGGCGUUUGUCAAGGAGAGCAUGCGUGUCAAGCCUCCCGUAACCAUGGUUCCUUACAGGACAACAAAGGCUUUCCCUAUCUCUAACGAUUAUACUGUUCCCGCAAAUAGCAUGGUGAUACCCUCAUUCUACAACUCCCUGCAUGAUCCCUCUGUUUUCCCCGAGCACGAUAAGCUCAUCCCUGACCGUUGGCUCGAUCCCAACAGCUCCGCUAACACGAACCCGAGGAACUACUUGGUCUUUGGUAGCGGACCCCACAAAUGCGUUGGUAUAGAGUACGCGACGAUGAACAUUGGACUAGUUCUUGCCACCGCGAGCGUGUUGAUGGACUGGGAGCACCAUGUUACACCCGAAAGCGAUCAGGUCCAAAUCAUCGCAACUUUGUUCCCUAAAGACGGAUGCCUCAUGAAGUUUACCUCCCGUCCACGACCCUGAUUUGUUUUAGCAUAUGGCUUUUGUUUAUACCCCCCAUUAGGAUUUGCAUUUAAUUUUCUUAGAUACAUUCAUCAUCAUUCUUGGGCUGGAAUCAUAGGUUCUACAUAUUUUUGGACAGACGCGGAUCGUGGCAGCCAGCAUAUCGGGAGUGAUUGCGACCCUAUAUUAUGCAUCGCGACGUGGCUUUCGCUGCGGCAGAGAGUACACUCCCCGGAUUAAGCAAGAGGUUUUUCGCAAAACCUCCUUGAUCAUUUUUCCAAAGUUACGGGGCAGGCCGACAUACGUUCACAAGUAAAUACUAGUUUAUCUACAGCACACAUAUUUACAAGCUUCAACAGCUGUUGUGAAUCAAUUCAUCGUGUUUGAAAACUUUGACAAAUACUCGGUACGGCGAGUCAACAUCUUUAGUUACAGUUG